GCUGCCGCCUGCCGCUCUCUCUGUGCCCUGGUCCGCUGUGCCUAUAGGGUCGCUCCGGGGCCUCUGCUGCUUGUCCGGGCCCUAUAGGGCGGCCGUGGGGCGGCCGUGGGGCCUCUCUGCGCUCUCCAGCUAUAGGCUCUCCCUCGGGCUGCCUUGUAGGGUGCCUGCAGGGCAUCUGUAGUGUCUGGGUGCCUAUAGGGUGUCUGUGGGGCACCUAUAGGUUAUCUGUAGGGCGCCUGUAGGGUGUCUGGGCACCUAGAGCUUACCUGUGGGGCGCCUAUAGGGUGUCUGUGGGGUGCCUGUAGGGUGUCUGCGGGGUGCCUAUAGGGUUUCUGUGGGGUGCCUGUGGGGUGGCUGGGUGCCUCUAGGGUGUCUGGGCACCUAUAGCUUAUCUGUAGGGUGCCUAUAGGGUGUCUGUGGGGUGCCUACAGGGUGCCUGGGCACCUAUAGCUUAUCUGCGGGGCGCCCGUAGGGUGUCUGUGGGUCGCCUAUAGGGCGUCUGGGCGCCCGCCGGGCGUCUGUGGGGCGGCCGUAGCCCGUCCGCGGGGCGCCCCCGGUCCCCGGCCCCUCGCGGCGCGGCGCGGCGGGUGCCGAUGGCGCACGGGGGGCUGCAGGGGCUGGGGCUGGGGCUGGCGCUGGCGGGGUGGGGGGCGCUGCUGGCGGCCACGGUGCUGCCCCAGUGGCAGGUGUCGUCCUUCGCCGGCGACUCCAUCAUCACCGCCGUGGCCACCUACCAGGGGCUGUGGAUGGCCUGCGCCAGCCAGAGCACCGGGCAGCUCCAGUGCAAGACCUUCGACUCCAUCCUCGCCCUGCCCGGGUACACGCAGGCGGCGCGGGCGCUGAUGGUGGUCUCGGGGGUGCUGGGCCUCGUGGCCACGGGGGUGGCGGUGAUGGGGAUGAAGUGCACCCGCUGCGGGGAGGACGACCCCCGCCGCAAGGCCGGCAUCGCGGCGGCCGGCGGCGCCCUCUUCAUCCUCUCCGCGCUGGCCGGGCUGGUCGCCUGCUCCUGGUACGGCCACCGCAUCGUCACCAACUUCUACGACCCCACGGUCCCCGUCAACGCCAAGUAUGAGUUCGGCGCCGCCAUCUUCCUGGGCUGGGCGGGGGCUGCCCUGGGGCUGCUGGGGGGGGCCCUGCUGACCUGCUCCUGCCCGGGGCAUGGGGGGCACGGCCAGCCCUACCCCCGCGGCAAGGCCGCCGGCCCCCAGCCCCCCGGCAACCGCGAGUACGUCUGAGGGGCCCCCGCGGGGACCCCCCCAAGCCCCCACCCCCACUCUGGGCUCCUCCCCGAAGCUUGGGGGGGGCCUGUCCCCCCCUCCCCCGUGGGGACCCCAACCACUGUGCGGUGCCCCCCCCCCACCCCACUUAGGGGGCAGGGAGACACCCCCCCCCCCAGGCUGGAGUUGGGGGCCUCCCCCCAAGUUUGGGGGUACCCCCCCUCCCCCACCGGGGGGGGGGGUGCUGGGGGUCUCCACCGACUUCUCGUGCGUGGUUUUGUACGAAAUAAACGGGUUUUUGUGUGUUUUGA